CCUUGCCUCCGCCUCUCCCUCCUCUUCCUCUCCCUCCCUUGCCUCUCCCUCCUCUUCCUCUCCCUGUCUGGUCCCCCUCGGUAGACCCUCCCCCCAAACCAGGACUCUUGUCUCGCCUCCUGCUAAAUGUUCCUCCACGACAUCGGCGUCCUGGCCCAGCCAGGCGCUUCUCUUCACUUCCUCUUCCCCGUCUUUAGUACCGCCCCCUCCAGCCAAUCUGGCUCCGUCCCAGAAGACGAUUUCCAAUCAGUUCGUAACUCCGCCUCCCCCCACCUGCGGGAGAACCGGGAACACAGACUCAUCACCUGUUCCUCCCAACUGUCCCACUACUUCCUGGAAGUCCUCGUCCAAUCAACAGAGUCUUCCUCCUACAUCUUCCAAUCAUUCCAAAGCUCUCAUGAUGGCGAGCGCCACUCAAAUGGUCCGGCAUCCGAAGAAACGCAGACAGACCGUUUCUGACUCCGAGACCCCCCAGCGUCCCCGCUUCUGUCUCCCCCAAACGGCCGUCCUCGAACUCGUCCAACAGUCUCUGGUUGCUAAGAAGCCGGCCACUGCCGCCAUGCUGCUGAGCAACACUCAGAGCGCAUACCAGGUGUCCUGCUUCGCGCUGCUGCAGCCCGCACUGCCGGCCGUGCUGCCAUCGCCAGGAAACACCGGACCCGAACCGCAGAAGAGCCUGAUGGGAACUAUCGUCCCAGUUUCAACCCCAGGACAGUUGACUCGGGCCCCCAGACCGAUCCUUCCUGCCCCCAUCACCGGAAACCAGAUCUCUGCCGUGCCAAGUCCCGUAGCGGCGCCGUGCCAAACGCAGGAAGAAGAACAGCAUCAACUUCUGAAGGAAGUAAACUCCUCUACAGCCAGCCGCGCUGCGUCUCCAUCCUGCGAGCAGCGUCUCAGCCCGGGUAUCGACCCUCGGUCCUCUUCUCCCAAACAACAGCAGCAGCAGAAUCCAGUGGUGAGGGCCGUGGCGGACUCCGCCUGCGACGGCGGCGUGCAGCAGUUCGCCCCGAGGCGGCAGGAACCUGCGGAGAACGAACCCACCUCAACCGUGUCCGAAGAACUGGCGCCUGCAGGAGAACCGUCUGCAGCUGACGCAUCGGACAGAGAUGCAGAAGAACGUGAAGCAUUGGACAGAGAUGCCGAAAUAUUGGACAGAGAUGCCGAAAUAUUGGACAGAGAUGCCGAAAUAUUGGACAGAGAUAAUGAAAUAUUGGACAGAGAUGCUGAAAUAUUGGACAGAGAUGCCGAAAUAUUGGACAGAGAUGCUGAAAUACCGGACAGAGAUUCCGAAAUAUCGGACAGAGAUGCAGAAGAACGUGAAGCAUCGGACAGAGAUGCCGAAAUAUUGGACAGAGAUGCCGAAAUAUUGGACAGAGAUGCCGAAAUACCGGACAGAGAUGCCGAAAUACCGGACAGAGAUGCCGAAAUACCGGACAGAGAUGCCGAAAUACCGGACAGAGAUGCCGAAAUAUCGGACAGAGAUGCAGAAGAACGUGAACUUUCACUUGAGGUCACGGAAAGUGAAGCUGAAGAACUUGAAGCUGACGCAUCGGAGACAGACGCCGAACUAUCGGACAGAGACGCCGAACUAUCGGACAGAGACGCCGAACUAUCGGACAGAGACGCCGAACUAUCGGACAGAGAUGCCGAAAUAUCGGACAGAGAUGCUGAAAUAUCGGACAGAGAGGACAGAGAUGCUGAAAUAUCGGACAGAGAUGCUGAACUAUCGGACAGAGAUGCUGAACUAUCGGACAGAGAUGCUGAAAUAUCGGACAGAGAUGCUGAAAUAUCGGACAGAGAGGACAGAGAUGCUGAACUAUCGGACAGAGAUGCUGAAAUAUCGGACAGAGACGGCGAAGAACUUUCACUUGAGGUCACAGAAAGUGAAGCUGAAGAACCUGCAGCUGACACAUCGGAGACAGACGCCGUAGCAUCGGACAGAGAUGCCGUAGCAUCGGACAGAGAUGCCGAAAUAUCGGACAGAGAUGCCGUAGCAUCGGACAGAGACGCCGUAGCAUCGGACAGAGACGCCGUAGCAUCGGACAGAGACGCCGUAGCAUCGGACAGAGACGCCGUAGCAUCGGACAGAGACGCCGAAAUAUCGGACAGAGAUGCCGAAAUAUCGGACAGAGAUGCAGAAGCAUCGGACAGAGACGCCGAAGAACUUGAACUUUCACUUGAGGUCACAGAAAGUGAAGCUGAAGAACCUGAAGCUGACGCAUCGGAGACAGACGCCAAAGCAUCGGACAGAGACUCCGAACUGUCGGACAGAGAUGCCGUAGCAUCAAACAGAGUCGCCAAACCUGGAGUAUCGGAGUACAGUUUGAGCCAUUGGCAGCCCAGAGUGUUUCUGUUCAGGCUGCCUGUGCCUUCGCAGCGCCUGGAACAUCCCCUUCCUUCUUUUCGUUUGCUCGCAGGCGACGCGGACGAUGACAUUUACCUGGAAGAGAUCGGCCAAGACACUCGGUCUCUCUCUGAUGACGCCACAGAUGACAUCGAUACUCCCUCGCCUCCCGGCUCGCCUCUGGCUGUGCAGAUGGUCGCCUGCUCCGCCUGCCGAUUGGCCAACGCGUCCAUCAUCUGUAUGUCCUGCGGCCGCGGAUUCCACCAAGACUGCCACAUUCCUCCGGUCAGACCGGACAUCAUGGCGGACUGGGCGUGCUCGCUGUGUCAGGACCUGUCGGACCCCUCGGACCCCUUCCUGUCCCACCGCCCACAGAGACCUGCGAGUCUCGGCCUCAGUCUGCUCAACCAGAGGAGAUGUGAGAAGCUGUUGCUGCUCCUGAAGGUGAAAGCCAGCAGUCGACUCUGUGAGACUCACCUGGACUGGAUGAAGGAACGCCUGACUCGCGGCUCUCCUGCGUAUCAGACCGCUGCAGACUUCCUGUCUGACGUCCGGAGGCUCUUCAAAGACGCUUCACCGGACGACUUCUUUCUGAACAAACUGCAGAAGAGAAUGAGGCGUUUGAGUGCGGCGUUUAUGGCCGAAGAGAACUCUACUGCCGGCCGGUUGCUCGGCUCCGACGUGGCUGCUGACGCGCCGAGCGGGUCAAAGGUCACGGCGCGGGAAGAACAGGAAGUGAUGUCAUACGAGGCCAGACUGAAGGAGACGAGGAAGAGGCUGCGAGAGGCUCUGAUGGACACGUCGCCCUCCAAGAGGAGGAAGACGGAACCUUUUCCUGAGGAUUCUGGGAAGUGAAGAUCAAACUGUCGGCGGGUUGGAGGCACUCCAAGAGGAGGAAGACGGAACUUUUUUCCCUGAGGAUUCUGGGAAGUGAAGUUCAAACUGUCUGGAGGGCUGUUGUGUGUGAAGGGAUACAGCUACAGUCCAAAGUUACACUAAAUCUCCCAAAAUCUAAGCUAACAUAAUGUCAUUCAACACAGGCGGUCA